CGGCGGCAGGGGCAGGGGCUGGGGCCGACGUGGGCGGCAGGCGCGGCCGCCACUGACGGCUAGUCGGGCGCCCGGAGCAGACUGACGGAGGCCGUGUGGCUGACCAUCCCGUGCACGCAGGCUGAGGAUGCAGCGCUGGAAGGCGGCGGCCUUGGCCUCGGUGCUCUGCAGCUCCGUGCUCUCCAUCUGGAUGUGUUGGGAAGGCCUGCUCCUCAGCCACCGCCUCGGACCCGCGCUUGCCCCGCUGCGCCGGCCGCCUCGCACUCUGGACGCCCAAAUCGCCCGCCUGGCCCAGUACCGUGCACUGCUGCAGGGCGCCCCGGACGCGGUGGAGCUUCGCGAACUGACGCCCUGGGCCGGGAGGUCCCCGGGUCCGCGCCGUCGGGCGGGGCCCCGGCGGCGGCGCGCGCGUGCGCGGUCGGGGACCCGGCCGUGCGGGCUGCGCGAGCUCGAGGUGCGCGUGAGCGAGCUGGGCCUGGGCUACGCGUCGGACGAGACGGUGCUGUUCCGCUACUGCGCAGGCGCAUGCGAGGCGGCCGCGCGCGUCUACGACCUGGGGCUGCGGCGCCUGCGCCAGCGGCGGCGAGUGCGGCGAGAGCGAGUGCGAGCGCAGCCUUGCUGCCGCCCGACGGCCUACGAGGACGAGGUGUCCUUCCUGGACACGCACAGUCGCUACCACACGGUCCACGAGCUGUCGGCGCGCGAGUGCGCCUGCGUGUGACCCUACCUCACCGGGCCCGGCGAGACGGCGGCCACGCCCCCCGCCCCCGCCCCGACGGCACCCACCGUCCCGCCUGGCAAGCCCCGCGACAGACUGCCCAUGCGCAGAAAAUGCCGUCGAGGGCUCAGGACUCUCGCGAUAACUGUACCAAGAUAAAGUGUGGAAAAUCAAG